AUGCAUCUCCCCUCCCUCCUCACCCUCUCAACCGCCCUCCUGGCCACCCAGGCCCCCGCCCAAUUCAUCCGCUCGAUGAUUCCCAACGGUGUCACACCCUUCCCCUCCAUCCCAGCCUCUUCCACCCCGGCCGCAACCCCGUCCACUCCCCUCUCGCGCCCAGCCCGUCCCUCUAUGCGCCCCCUCCAUCACGCCUCGGCCCAGCAACUGCCAUUCCACCCGCAUGCCGCGCACGCAGCGAGCCCAUCCGCUACGCCGCUACGCGAGGCUUUCCAUGCGCCGCAUUAUGCUGACGGUGGAAUUGCGCCGAUUGAUCCGCUCCAGCCAGACAGCGAUGUUGCGCCGGUGUUGAUCGGCAAGCCGAGUGGGAAGGAUGAGGGCAAUUCAUUCUGUAUGGGGCAAUGUUAUGCGAGCGAGGGAGAGGCGAAGUGUUCGAAGCCAUAUGCGUCUGCUUUGUACAAGGAGGCACAGGAUUGCUGGAUGUGUUGCUUCACUGCGGGGGAUUUCUAG